UCUUGAUGUAUAAAGUUCGAUUGGUCUGUGGCACCCUAUCCAAACUGAGAGUUUCGAAGUGCUCUUUUUCGCAAUAUGCAAGGCCUUGGAACAAUCCUGAAGGAAUUUAUGCGUUUGUUCGAAGAGAAAAGGAAUUGGGCUCCUUACCUGGCAGAGAAUGGACCGUCGAUGAGCUAAGGUUAAAGUCUUUUGACGACUUGCACAAACUCUGGUGGGUUAUGAUCAAGGAAAGAAAUGCCUUGUUAACUGAACAAGACUGGUGUCGUUCAGUCAAACGGGAGUGGAAAGGAGAGACAACAUUGGAAAAGGUUAAUCUUUCCAUGACAAAUAUAAGGCAAGCAGUUUCGGAACAAAAGGCUUUCAUUUCAGGUCUCAUGGAGAUUGCUGAUUUAGUAGAAGAGGAAGAUGAAGAAACCAAGGAGUUGAUAAAGCAAAGUUCUGCAAUACGUGAGGAAAAGGAGAGAUUGCAAAAGGAGAAAGAAGCAAAGGAGGGAUAUCGCACACCUUAUCGACUGUCAUCAAGAAAACAAAAGUAUAAAUUACGUGCUUUAUUACAAAGAACGAAAUUAGGACAUUAAAAGAAAUGUGGGCCUUGGAACAAAAAAAAAUGAAAAUGGCGCCAUUUUGUCUAUUUUAA